CAGUCCAUCUCCCAAGGAGUUAAAUAAUAGCAUAAUACCUGCAUCACUUCUCAUGCCUCAUCUUCAGAAUCUUUUCCAGCAGACGUCAAUUCAACAGGAUCUUAUUAUGAAUUUGUUAAGUAGCUUGCAAUCAACUGAGGUGGUAGAUGCAGCUCAAAAUGGGAAGUUGCCUCCACUGCCUCGCAGUCCAGAAAAUAAUGGAAGUGUUGAAACAACAGCUUCGGAGAGGGAACGUUUACUCCUCAUGAAGAUCUCAGAGCUUCAAGCUAGGAUGAACUGUUUGACAGAUGAACUGACUGCUGAAAAGUUGAAAUACAUACAACAGUUGCAACAGCAGCUAAUCGCUCUUUCGAGCCAGGAAGAAAACGGGGACAGAGGAGAAGGGGGUCUCUGAAAAAGCUGAAAAAUAUGAUAGUGUAAAGUAAAAUCAAGCAUGUACA